CCCUCCCCAUUGUUUUUAUUUUUUUUUGUUUUCUGAAUGUUGAAGCGAGAAAUUCAAUCCCCAACUCACAGAAAAGAAGAACUCGUGCGAAGAAGAAGAAGAGAGAGAAAAACUCUCCCAAAUUUUAAAAUUUAAAAUUAAAUUAAAUUAAUUUAAGGAAUAAUUAAAACGACAGUCGGUGACGGAAUAUCAGCGCAGACAUCACUCACAAUCAUCACGAAAAAAAUACACCCUAAUUUUCUCUCUCCUAAGGUGACAUUGGCGCUGUUACUCUCGUCUAUUUUCUCUCUCCUCCAUGGCCGAUCUUUCGCUUUUUUUAAGGAAAUAUUUUGUGUUUGAGUCUACAAAGGGUGCUUGUUGAAGCGGGGUGGUUUUCCGAAAGCAAAUUCAGUAUUUUGUACACCUUGCGUGCAUCAUAACCAGUUAUCAUGGUGUUGAAAAAUGAUGGUCAUAAUAGUGACUUCUGCCAUGCAAUUGAUGCUAAUGAGGAUACGAGUUCCACUUUGUUAGCUUCUGAGUGUAGGAGGGACGAGAAAGGUUUAGAACAGGACAAUGAUGUCAGUUUCAAUGAUAAAAGUGCUAAUGAGGUGAAGGAGUUUUUUUGCUCUGGCACAGAUAAAGACGAUAGAAGUGAGUCAUCUGAGACAGGUUUAGUUAACAGUUUGGGUCAAGGAGGUGAGGCAGCUGAUUUGAGGUCUAAUCCCGGGAGUCCACGUUUGGGUUAUGCUGCAGAAGACAGGCUCCUUGAAUUGAGGAAGCAUAGUCAAUCCGCAUCGCCUAGUAAGAAUCAUGGCAAGAAUGAGAAGGUCAUGCUGUCAAAUGAUGUAACAGAGCCGGUUGAAAAGUGUGAAUCUUCUUUGCAAACAUUUCCUGAAGAUGAUGUCGAUGAAUCUGAUGUUGAAGAAGAAGAUGUAAAGGUGUGUGAUAUAUGUGGUGAUGCUGGCCGUGAGGAUUUGCUUGCUGUUUGUUGUAGGUGCAGUGAUGGUGCGGAGCACACGUAUUGUAUGCGCGUGAUGCUUGAAAAAGUUCCGGAAGGCGACUGGUUCUGUGAGGAAUGCGAAUUAAACGAAGAACUGGAACGGAGACAGGAGCAUUUAAAACUAUUAGGUACUAUUGAAAGAAGUAGAUCGCUUGGAAGGACAACCUCUGUAAACUCGGAGUUUUCUCCUAAGUUGGAGAACAAGGACUCCUUUUGCGAACGUAGUAAAUUAAAAACUUUUAGUGUAAAAAAACAACUACCGUCAAAGAGGACUGAAGAUAGCUUCGAAGCUGGCCCGACAGCAAAGAAGCAGGCUCUUGAGUCAAGUACUGGUUCGCCAACCGCAUUAAGUCCUAGUCGUGUGUUGUCUAAGGACUCCUCUUUUAGGAAUUUGGAUAAGACAAAGGGAAAGUCAAUUAAUCAAUUAUCUAUGGGCAUCGAAGCUGCUGUGGAUGCUUCAGAAAAUCCACGUUCUCCCACUAGAAAUUCGCCUCAGAGCCUGAAAGGUAAUCUUUUAAAGUCAAAUUCUUUCAACUCUAAUUCAAAGGCAAACGUAAAGGUUUCAGAAGUUCUUCAAAAGCAAAAGCAAGGUGUUGAUGCAAAGGAUGGACAAGGAAAGCUGAUUGCGAAAUCUAUGUCUUUCAAAGGAUUAGGUCGUUCAAGUGCUAGUGAACCAAAGGUUAAAAUGCUUUCCCCAAAAUGUGCUCCUGUUCAGGAGUUGAAAGGUCAGAAGCAAGUAAGAGACCGUACUUCAUUUGAAAGAAAGAACUCAAUCAAAUUGGAUUCAUUUCCUGUUCAAACAACAGCUAAUUCUACCAAGCGUCACUCUCGUGUUGAUAACACCUCAACUCUAACUGUAAGCAAUAGUCGUGAUCACAAGAAUGCUCAAUCUGAUGGAAAAUUGACUAGUUUGUCAAAGCCGGCAUGCCAUGUGGCUCAUAAGUCUCAGGAAUCCAUGGCUACUUUAGGUGAAGUUAAGAGGUCAUCAUCGACUAAUAGCAGGGGAUCUGGAAUAAGUAGCUCUGCUGAAGCAAAGCCCAGCCAUGUGAGCUUGAAGGAUGUAACAACUUUGAGUUCCGCUCGGGCUGUUGAUGGAUCAAUUGUUGGUGCCAAUGGGGCCAAAGCGGAUAUGCAUGAUAAUCAGAAUGAAAAAGGACCAGAGAAUACUUUUGGGCGUUCUAGACAAGGUGUUAAUGGUGCUGCCGUUAGUGGAAAUCGUCGAGGUAUUUCCGCAGAUGCUUCCUUGUUGAGAGCCAAAGAUGGGUUACGUGAAGACAAUAAAUUAAAAGCUGCAAUUGAGGCGGCAAUGCAAAAAAAGCAGGACAUAUUUAAAAAGAAUAAGUUGCCUGAGAAGCUUAAUGAGUUAUCUGUGUUAAACACCCAAGGAAACCAUGUAGGAGAUGUAGUUUCAAAUCAAGCGAUGGAUAUAAUAUCUGAGGAAACAGUUUAUGCGAGGGAAGCAGGACUCUCUAACUAUUCAUCAAACUCUUGCAAACAUACAUCUAUUGGUAGUGCAAAGCAGUUGAAAGUAUACCCUGCUGAUUUUGUAGAAGACCCAAUUCUCACAAAGUCCGCCAUUCCUGAGCUUGAUGCUGUCUGGCAAGGAGGUUUUGAGAUACAUAGAAAUGGGAAACUUGCGGAUGUUUGUGGUGGAUUCCAAGCACAUUUGUCAAGCUUUGCAUCUGGUAAAGUGCUUGAAGUGGUGAGGAAGCUUCCGCCGAAAAUGGUUCUUAAUGAAGUAUCUCGACCUGGUGCAUGGCCUUUCCAGUUCAAGGAAGCCGGCGCUCAAGAUGAUAACAUUGCUUUGUACUUUUUUGCCAAAGAUCCUGAAAGUUAUUCAAGGAGCUACAAGAUCUUGUUGGAGUAUAUGAUGAAGCAUGACUUAGCUCUUAGAGGAAUUAUUAAUGGUGUUGAACUCCUUAUAUUCCCAUCAAACCACCUUGCUCAUAGAUCACAGCGUUGGAAUACUUUAUUUUUUAUGUGGGGGGUAUUUCGAGGUAGGAGGGCACAUGGUCCAGAUGACAGAUACGCUUCGCUGGAGAGGGCGGAAAUAUCUGUUUCUGUUCCCAAUACGAUUCCGAGAGUCAGAAAUGUUGCCUCAGCUGCUUCUCUACCCGUGAACACAUGUUUGCAGAAGCCUGCAAUUGAUGACUUGUCUGCAUUAGGCAGUGAUGCUCUUGUAUCAAGAAGUGAGGCUCCUGUUUUAGACGGGUCGUCUCUGCAAAAGUCUGGCUGUAUGUCUAAUGGAGACUGUUAUGAUCAGGGACGUAAUGUAGGUAGAACCGGUUUGACUUCACCAAACAGCCAAGGGAACCUUGAGAAAUGGCCCAGAAAGGAUUCUUCAGUCGUAGGUGCCGAAGCAUGCUUAGAAUCACGGACUCCUGCUCUGGAAGAUCAUGGUCAGCCAGACCCUAAUAUAACUGUACAGCAUCCGCAUUCAACACAGGAAGUUGAUAGCAGCCUUGAUCAUCAUGAAUCCAAGAAAUCACUGUCUGAUCUUAUGUUGGAAAAACAAGAUAAUAAUUCUUCCAAGGUGCUUAUGGUAGGUAAGCAAGAGGGCUGUUCUGUUUUCUCUUCAGAAGAACUAUAUUCGGAAAAGAACAAUGUUGAGGAUAAAUUUAAGAAUAUCGUGAAGGAAGAAGAUCCGUCUUUGGAUAAUAUACAGAAAAAUGGAGGCCAGGUUAAAGUUGAGAAUAUUGUGAAGCAAGAGGAGGAUAAUAAUAAGGAUUCCAUGUGGAAAAACGGCAGAGUUGAGUUGGAUUCCAAGGGAAGCUUGAAGCAAGAAGAGUAUGUAGAUAUAAAUGUUUCUGCUGAUGGUAGCAUGGAGGACCUCCAUAGCUUGCAAUAUUCACCCAAGACACAUUCAUACAAGAGUUCGUUGGAGCCUAAAUCAGAAGCUGCUUCUGUCAUCCCAUGCCAAAAGAGGCCAUGGAUGGACAGCAAAGAUGUGUCAGAAGGUGGCGACCAAUCAUGCAUCAGCAAAAGAAUAAAAGGGGAUGAUGGCUUUUACGGGUGUGAUUUACGUAGAUUUCCGAAUUCUUUGGGUGAUAGGAUCACAGCCCAGAUGCAUGACGUGAGCACUAGCUCACGUAUUGAAGAUACAUCUAAUGAAGCUAUGGAUGAGAAAGCAACAUCUGUGAAUUCUGGAUCAGCUGAGAGAUGCUUCUUUCUUGUGGAUUCACAUGCUGCUCAAGGUGUCCCAUCCAACGAUCGCUCAUCGCCUUGGAAAGUGUCUUUGUUAGGAAAUGAGGAUCGGCUGCCUGAUGGAUCCCCUAACUUGGAACUUGCUUUAGGAGUCGAAAAGAAACAGUCGAGAAAUGGUCUGUUACCUUUCUUUGCUGGGAUAGUUGAUAGAAAAGGUCCUGACAGGCCUCCUGACAUAGUGUCACCAAAGGAAGAGGAUGAAGAUGCCAGUGCUUCUCUCUCUCUCUCCCUUGCAUUUCCGUUCUCGGAUAUGGAAAGCCCAGGGAAGUCUGUCAGACCCCUGACAACUCUGGAACAGGCCCUUCCUGCAAGACAUGAGGCAAAUACUUCGCUGCUGCUCUUCAGGAACUCAUCAGGCAAGUAGACAGGUCAGUUCUUAUGUAUAUUAAUUGUUACACAUAUGGCAAGUUAAUAGGUCAUAUACUAUGAUCUUCCAUCGGGUUUUUGAGAGAACCCAUGUCCCGUAUGUUAAUAACCCGACAGGAUAUGUUGAUAUCUCACCCUGCCCACAAACACAAAGAUUCCAACCUCUUUUUUUUUUUCCUUUUAAUUUUUAAAUUCCCUCUUUUGGAUGGUGCAUAGGCACGGCUCUUUGUAUAUAAAGAGAAUAGUAGCCGUCACAGUCCACAAGUGCAUAAUGAUCGAAACUGCUGUUCUGUGUACCAAACAUUGUUGUCUAGUUUUGUCUAAUGUACUUCAAUUAACAUUUUAUUUGCAAGAUAGCAAAAUAAGUUGCUGAAUUA